AUGACCGUUUUUGAAUGGAGGGACCACAAGGGGAUUUGUAUUUCGAGGGAGGGGGACCCGGAAGAUGUCCAGCCCAAGGAGAGGAUACUCACCAAUGGACUCCAGUGUCUACCAUGGUCGCAGUACAUGCCGGAGAUGGAUGAGAGCAAGGAGCCACCAGAGGAGGAGGAAGAGGCAACUACGGCGCCAGAUGGAACAGCACCCAGGACGAAGUUGACCAGACUGGAGAAACGCGAGUUGCGGCAGCUGAAGAAAAUCUCCGCGCAGCGGAAACGCCAGUUGAAACGCCAAUCGGAGCUAGAUGAAAAAGGCCGCGGGGUUGUUGUUGAAGAUGUCGCUUAUAGGCCGUAUAUGGCGAAGCAGGAAAUAAAGCAUUUAUUCACCAACAUCAUUCUAAAUAAGUCAGAUACCAAGGAUGCCUUGAGCCUUCGCAAGGACUUCAAGAUUCUCCAGUACCAUUCCAUUGCCCUUUACCGAUCCGACUUGGAGCACAUUUUACCAGGCGAGUGGUUGAACGACAAUGACAUCUCGUUUGUCUACGAACUCUUGGUGCAAAUAUUCAUCAAACUGGACCAGUGUCGCGACUUUGCUACCCAAAUCCAACUUUUGUUCCCUAGCUUGGUGCAGUUGAUGCUACAUUUCCCGGCAGACGACAUUGAGAACUUGCUCCCAAUGAGCGACUUGCUGAAGCUGCGAUUCAUUUUCCUACCAAUAAACUUUAUAGACGAACCACUCGAGGAGGUUGAUUUGGAAACCUCAAACAAUGGCGAUCACUGGGCAUUGGGGGUGUUGUCGCUUUUGGAAAACAAAUUGUACAUAUACGACUCCAUGAGGAUCAGCGACAAUGAAAACGACGCAAGGCAGUUGAUGCUGUUGUGUGCAAAGCUUGAAAGCUGUCCCAAAUUGAUCAAGGGCAAGAUCACGGUGGUUCACAUGAAGUGCGACCAGCAAAGAAACUUUGACGAUUGCGGUGUUUUUGUCAUUAUGAUUACCUGCUAUCUCGUGAGCCAGCUCUUGUUCCACGACCGAAUUUCCCUCGAUGUGAGCAAUAUACAGUUGAAUGCGCUAGAUGCUAGGUUAUAUAUUAUGAAAUUAAUAGCCAAGUUAGACUAA